AUGGUGCAAACCUACCAGUCACCCGUCAGAGUUUAUAAAUACCCUUUUGAACUAGUAAUGGCGGCAUAUGAGAAGCGUUUUCCGACGUGUCCUCAGAUUCCGAUUUUCGUCGGUUCCGAAGUAAUAAACGAGUAUCACAGCGCCGACGGUGCUCAAUGGGUGAUUGAGCGAAAAUGUCAGCUGAAUGUUGACGCACCUUAUUUAGUGAAAAAAAUUGCGGGUGUAGAUUAUGUAUAUUUCACGCAGAAGAACUCAUUGGAUCGACGAAAACGAACGUUAUUGAUUGAAGCGUCAAAUAUAACCUUCUCAACACGAAUCAUCGUCAAAGAGAAUUGUAAUUACUAUGUUCAUCCUGACAAUCCCGACUGGACAUGCUUCGAGCAGAACGCAGCACUAGAUGUGAAGUCUUUUUUCGGAUUCGAAACAGCUGUAGAGAAACUUGCUAUGAAGCAAUAUGCAGCUAAUUUAGCCAAGGGUAAGGAGAUUCUUGAGUACUUCAUCGAUGAGCUUAUAAAAAGUGGAAUCAAUUAUAUUCCUCGGUUCGAAGCCAACGAUGGUGAUUCCAUUGUAACUCCAACUAUCGAAGUUUCCAAGGAAAAUGCUGAUGAUCAAACGUGUCUGAAAUCCAGGUGGCUGCGUUUUAAUUGUAUCCGUAGCAAAGGAUUUUUAGCCGAAUCAAAGCUUGAGGCUGAAUACAUUCGACGAUUUCUUGGUCAGCUUAGUCCAUUAGAAGAAUCACGACUUUGCGAACUAAAGUACGGUCUACAGACCCAACAUAAGGGAAAGUUACCUAAUGACGCACAUCUUUUACGAUUUCUUCGUGCACGUGAUUUUGACGUUGCGAGAGCGAAAGAACUCGUUCACAACAGUAUUAUCUGGAGGAAACAGCACAAUGUCGAUAGGAUUCUACAUGAGUGGAGUCCUCCUUCUGUUAUGACACAGUUUUUCCCAGGAUGUUGGCAUCACAGUGAUAAGGAAGGGCGACCGCUAUUUUUGCUUCGUCUUGGGAAUCUCGAUAUGAAAGGCAUGUUACGAUCUUGUGGAUUGGAGAAUAUCGUUAAGCUUACACUAUCAAUUUGUGAGGAAGGUUUGAUCAAAACGGCGGAAGCAACGAAGGAAAUCGGAGCACCUAUUAGCACAUGGAGUCUUAUCGUCGAUCUCGAAGGUCUGAGUAUGCGACAUCUUUGGCGUCCAGGUGUUCAGUCAUUACUCCGUAUUAUUGAGAUCGUUGAGGCACACUAUCCCGAGACGAUGGGCCAAGUGCUGAUUGUUAGGGCGCCAAGAGUUUUUCCAAUUCUCUGGACGCUGAUUUCACCGUUCAUCGACGAGAAUACCCGGAACAAGUUCAUGAUUAACAGUGGAGAAAUAUCUAAAGGCGAAAUCAGCAAAUACAUCGAUGACCAAUAUAUUCCGGAUUUUUUAGGUGGGACAUGCCUAGUGGAUUGUCCUUCUGGCGGACAUAUUCCAAAGUCACAGUAUCGCCCAGUUCAAGAGCUUCCAGAUGAUGCUGACGUUCUCAGUUCAAUGUACACAACUGCUACUGUUACUCGUGGUUAUCCAAUAGAGGUAGUUAUUCCGAUGGGAUCAGUAGGAUGUGUAUUGACGUGGGAUUUCGAUAUUCUGAAAAGUGAAUGCGAAUUCGUUGUGUAUCACACGCCAAAGGUUAUCCAAGAAGCUGUCACUCCGCAUUCUCCAACGAUGUUGAAUCCAGUGGAAAUGGUGACGGCAGCGAUCGCGAACAAUCCAAUACCGAUGAUUUUGUCGGAUCCUUCACUUACGCUUGGUGUGGAUCUUACGAUUGAAGAAGCAGCAGUGGUCUUCCAAGAAGGGGAUUCUAUGCAGGGUUCACACUUCUGUUCACGUUCUGGUACUUAUAUUCUCCAGUGGAGGAUACCUGAGGUAAUUCCGGGGCAACAUAACACGACUUUUGACUUCAGUAUCAGUAGUCACAAGUGCAAACUAAUGUAUUAUCAUGAAAUAUUAGACUCGGCCGACUUCAGGUACAGUUUAGUUUAUUUUAGUAAACACCAAUCCAGUUGGCGGGUGAUUACUGAAGACACUGGCUGA